AUGUUGAGUUUUAAUGUGGCAGUCAAUGGUACUCCUCAACAGAUUACAUCUUUCUUCCUGGUUGGCAUUCCUGGAUUGGAAAAAUUUCACUGCUGGAUUGGUAUCCCUGUCAGUCUCCUGUUUGUCCUGACCUUGCUGGGGAACAGCAUAGUCAUUGCUACUAUCAAACUUGAGCCAAGCCUACACCAGCCUAUGUAUUUCUUCCUUUGCAUGCUGGCAACGAAUGACAUGUGCCUUGCCUCUUCUGCAGCUCUGAAGAUGCUUGGCAUCUUCUGGUUUGAUGCACAUUGGAUCGGCUUUGAUACCUGUCUAAUACAAAUGUUUUUUAUACACACACUUUGCAUCAUGGAGUCAGCCAUUCUAGUGGCCAUGGCAUUCGAUCGCUUUGUAGCCAUUUGCAUCCCUCUCAAUUACGUAUCAAUCCUGACAACAUCUAUGGUAACUAAACUAGGUAUAGUGGGCCUAAUCAGAGGUGUUCUCAUUGUUUUGCCAUGUCCUCUUCUAAUUAAGAGGCUGCCCUACUGUACAAAGUAUGUCAUCCAUCAUGCCUACUGUGAACACAUGGCUGUGGUGAAGUUGGCAAGUGCAAACACACUCAUUAACAGAGCAUAUGGAAUCUCAGUGGCUCUUUCAGUGAUAACAGUCGAUCUAGGACUCAUAGCAACAUCUUAUGUAAAAAUCCUCCAGGCAGUGUUCCGGCUCUCUUCCCAGAACGCGCGAUCUAAAGCCCUGGGCACCUGUGCCGCACACGUCUGCACUAUGCUUGUGUUUUAUACACCUGCAUUGUUCAGCUUCCUGACUCACCGCAUCGGCAAGAAGGUACCACCAAGUGUCCACAUCAUUGUGGCCAGCGUGUACCUCUUACUACCUUCUGCAGUUAAUCCAGUGGUGUACGGUGUCAAGACAAAACAGAUUCGUGAUCGGGUGAAAGAUCUUUUCUUUACACACAAGAAACUUCUUGAAAAAUAA